AGAACAAAAACGGAGCAAGUUCUGCUAAAUAUGGGCAUGAAACCGGUGAGCGUCAGCUCAAGUUGACAGUCUGUGAAGUUAGUGUAAUACCAGCUUAUAUAUCGUUGUAGAAUAACAUUUCUGGUGUUAUUUUUACGCAAAUUAAUUUUAGAGUCGAUGUUGAAAUUUCCGUGCUGCUUUGAACGCAGCAAAGCAGCGUGUCAGACACCUAUAAGCAGGAGCAGAGGCGGCAGGUGGAGGAGCUGAAGAUGUCUCCCCCUCCACCUCCGCCCCCAGCUCCGUGUCCUCCACCUCCAGCAGCGAAGAAGAAGCUGUACCAGACCAUAGCCAGCAGCAGGAGUCCUGUGGAGGGGGAUCACACUGAGGCCUGCCUGCUCCUCAGACAGAGGGAGAGCUGUUUCAGGCAGGAUCUGCAGUGGUUACUAGUAAACAAGUACGUGCCUUCCCUCAUCCAAGACGGCCCACAGUGUGGCUUGGUGGCUCUGUGGAUGGCUGGCCACCUGCGACAGCCGCAGCUGAGCGUCGCCAUGGAGACGGUGGUUCAGACAGCAGUGAGGAGGGGCUACACCGCACAGGGGGAAAUGUUUUCAGCGUGUAACAUGGCCCUGCUGGCAGAGGAGCUCUGCGUCUGUAAGGCUGAACUGCUGUCGGGAGGUCUGAGUGGCAGAAACAUGGCAGCCAUCAUCAAACACCUGUGGAGCGGCCAGCCUGUUCUCAUCCCGUAUGAUGAGGACUUCAACCAUGAGCCAUGCCAGCGUCAGGGUUACAGGGCGCACUGGGCCGUUGCUUCAGGUGUGCUCCUCGGUUUGAACCAGGGGAGCGUAAACAACGAGCACGCUCAACCGGAUCCCUGUCUGCCCUGGCUCUACGUCGGCAAAGGCGGCCAUCUUCCUUGUCCCGUCACCAGCACGAGCGCCACCGAGGUUUACAUCCUCGCCAAGCAGGGCAAGAGCCUGCGCUACCAGCUGUGGAGUCUGGACAGCGUUGCCCAGAGCAACGGGCAGCUGAGGAUGAUGGACCCUCUGCGAGCCAACGAUGGGAGCCAGUAUGUGGUUCCGGAAGGAGGUGUGGAGGCCGGGCUCGCGGGACAGGCGGUUUUACUCCACACGAGGACUCGGCAGCAGGAACCACAGUGACGCUGUUCAAAAACUACGGUUUCAUCUGUUGCCACAUCCUCCUGAACGGUCGCUAUGCAACGUUAGUAUUGAGAAAUGUUUACCAGAACAUUAUGUCUAAUCGAGAGCCAAAAGUGUCACAAUCAUUUUAUAAAUGUUUAGAGAAGCGAUGAAGUAAUGAAAAUUGUAGACAUGAUACAUCUAAAAAUAAUUUUUGGGUCUGAAUAGCUAUAAUAUUUCAGUUUGUACUACAGUCCAUCGUGAAAAAUUUUGAACUUUCAUUUUGACUUUCCCUUCAAACCCUCAAGUGUGAUUGGUUAACCUUCACAGCAGCUUUAGUGUCGACCAAUCACCUUGUCUGUAACGGUGUUGGACCCACCCACUGAAUAAUCAAGUAUAUACAAUUUUAAUCAGUACUUCUCCAUUUAAAUAUUAAGUUAUUGACCUAAAUAUUUCAUACACAUUCACAAUUUUAUUUAAAUCAAUGUAUUAAGUUUAGCACUUUUGGUCCUUGAUUUUGUCUUUCAUCUGGUUCAGUUUCUCCACUAACUGAACAAAACUGAUUUUAAAGUAUUUAUAUUUGAGCAAUUUAAAAUAAAAUGAUAAAAUGCC